AUGGCCUGGUUCACCCUCCACCUCCUGAACCUUCUCUGGGCUGUGGCUGGGACCAGCACCUGGACCCAAAGCUCAUGCUCUGUUCCCCCAGCACAGCAGCCCUUGGUUAAUGGCAUACAAGUGCUCAUGGAGAACUCUGUGACCAGCUCAGCCCACCCAAAUCCCAGCAUCCUGAUUGCCAUGAACCUGGCUGGAGCCUACAACGUGGAGGCCCAGAAGCUCCUGGCUGACAAGCUCAUGGCCAGUGACACAGCCGACCUGACCAUUGGUCAGCUCGCCCUUACCAUCAUGGCCCUCAACUCCUCCUGCCGAGACCCUGGGAAUAAAGUAUCAAUUCUACAGAGACAAAUGGAAACCUGGCCACCUUCAAGCCCCAAUGCUCCAGCUUCAACCUUCUAUGGGCCCAGUCUGGCGGUCCUGGCACUGUGCCAGGAGAACCCAGAGACAGCCCUACCCAUAGCAGCCCGCUUUGCCAAGUACCUCAGUUCUUCCCCCUUCAAUACGGACACAGGAGCGAUGGCGACUUUAGCCCUGACCUGUAUGUACAACAGGAUCCCAGAAGGUUCAGAGGAAGGUUACAGAAUUCUGUUCAGUCGGGUACUAGAGGAAGCCGUGAAGAAUAUCAGCAUGAGGAUCAAAGACAAUGGCAUCAUUGGGGACAUCUACAGUACUGGCCUUGCCAUGCAGGCUCUCUCUGUGACACCUAAGCAACCUAACAAGGAAUGGAACUGCCAGAAGACCAUGGACACAAUACUUAAGGAGAUUGAGCAGGGGAAAUUCCACAAUCCCAUGUCCAUUGCCCAAAUCCUCCCUUCCCUGAAAGGCAAGACAUACCUGGAUGUGCCCCAUGUGUCUUGCAGCCCUGGUGAUGAAGUGCAACCAACUCUCCCCACUCAACCCAGCCGUGUUCCCACCACAGCCUCCAACAUCACCGUCAUAUACACCAUAAAUAACCAGCUGAGGGGGGUGGAUCUGUGCUUCAAUGCGACCAUCGACGUUACUGUGAAACGUGGAUCAGUGCUACUUGUUGUCCUAGAGGAAGCACAGCGCCGAAAUUCCAUGUUCAAAUUUGAAACCACGAUGACAUCAUGGGGCCUUGUCAUCUCCUCCAUCAACAAUAUUGCUGAAAAUGUUCAUGAUCGGACAUACUGGCAAUUCCUUAGUGGCAAAACACCUUUGAAUGAAGGAGUUGCCGACUACAAACCCUUCAGCCAUGAGCACAUCACGGCCAAUUUCACAAAGUACUAA